AUGACUUUAUCUGCGUUUCGCACGGCGAUCUGGUUCCCUUAUCCAACCGCCAAUCCCGGCCAUGGAUUCUGGGGAGAGCAGACGUCAACGCUCAACUUUUGCGAGGAGGACUAUGCAUUGUCAUCAUACUGCGCCGAGCUUUGCAAUACAGUCACAAACGCCAUUUUCAUGUGGCUCGGGAUAAGAGGGAUUAUAAACUGCCUGAAACAAAAACAUCCAUCAAUAUUCCUGAUUUCUUAUAUCGGGUAUAUGGUUGUAGGGCUGGGCUCCAUCCUCUUCCAUACGACGUUGAAAUAUCCCAUGCAACUGGUCGAUGAGCUAUCCAUGAUAUAUACUACCUGCCUGAUGAUGCAUGCGAGCUUCUCGUAUUCACGUUCACGAGUAUUUUCAGCUCUCCUUGGGAUUAGUCUACUCUCGCUUGCUGGAUCGAUUACGGUUUAUUAUCAUCUCACCAAGGAUCCUGUCUUCCACCAGACCGCCUAUGCUGCGCUGACGGCAACUAUCGUUUUCCGAAGCAUGUGGGUGAUGGAAGCGCAGUUACGGCCUGUAUUGAGUGCUCGCGAUCCAGAAAAGGCAUCACGGUUGCUCAAUACAAUGUGGGCUAUGGUAGCUACCGGACUUAGUAUUUUCCUUGGCGGCUUCUUAAUCUGGAACCUGGACAAUGUUUUUUGUUCCCAGGUGCGACAAUGGAGACAUGCUGUUGGCCUUCCCUGGGCUGUACUGCUGGAAGGCCACGCCUGGUGGCACCUGAUGACAGGGUUAGGUAAAUGGAGCACCUACUAUUACAUCACUUGGGGCACCUGGCUGCGGCAUUGCCUUGCGGGACAAGACAGCAAAUACAUACUCGUAUGGCCGAGGCUGUUGACAUCCAUUCCGUAUUUACAAAUGAUAGAAGACGACCAAUACCAAGACAAAAAGGUUCAGUAG